AUGAUGACCAUGACUACGAUGGCUGACGGCUUGGAAGGCCAGGACUCGUCCAAAUCUGCCUUCAUGGAGUUCGGGCAGCAGCAACAGCAGCAGCAGCAGCAGCAGCAACAGCAGCAACAGCAACAGCAGCAGCAGCAGCAACAACAGCAGCCGCCGCCGCCACCGCCGCCGCCGCCGCCGCAGCCGCACUCGCAGCAGACCUCCCCGGCCAUGGCAGGCGCGCAUUACCCUCUGCACUGCUUGCACUCGGCCGCGGCGGCGGCGGCGGCGGCCGGCUCCCACCAUCACCACCACCAGCACCACCACCACGGCUCGCCCUACGCGUCGGGCGGAGGCAACUCCUACAACCACCGAUCGCUCGCCGCCUACCCCUACAUGAGCCACUCGCAGCACAGCCCUUACCUCCAGUCCUACCACAACAGCAGCGCGGCCGCCCAGACGCGCGGGGAUGACACAGAUCAACAAAAAACGACAGUGAUCGAAAACGGGGAAAUCAGAUUCAACGGAAAGGGGAAAAAGAUUCGGAAGCCUCGGACCAUUUAUUCCAGCCUGCAGCUCCAGGCUUUAAACCAUCGCUUUCAGCAGACUCAAUACCUGGCCCUUCCCGAGAGAGCCGAACUGGCUGCUUCCCUAGGACUGACACAAACACAGGUGAAGAUAUGGUUUCAGAAUAAGCGCUCUAAAUUUAAGAAACUGCUGAAGCAGGGUAGUAACCCGCAUGAGAGUGACCCCCUCCCUGGUUCAGCAGCCCUGUCACCACGCUCACCAGCCCUGCCUCCGGUGUGGGACGUUUCUGCCUCUGCCAAGGGCGUCAGUAUGCCUCCCAACAGCUACAUGCCUGGGUAUUCACACUGGUAUUCCUCGCCACACCAGGACACCAUGCAGAGACCACAGAUGAUGUGA